AUGCUACUGCAGGGCCUGUGCCUCUUGCUAUCCUGUCAGAUCGCGUCUGCGGUCACGGUAUACGAUGUGCAGGGUGUAUUUACUCCCGGAUCUGCCACUACCACUCCCGAUACCGCAAGUGGAACUUCUGUCUACGAUCCUCCGACGUACACUGGUGUGCAGGCCGCGGCGUGGAAUCCUAUAAUCCUCGCACCGCCUCCUGUUCCUUCGCCACCGAUUACCUCUCAGUUCGCUUUGUUAUUGUUGAACAGCGCACAGGAAGUCGCAAACCUGUCAAUUCAACAGAACGGUGCCUUUCUUGGGUUCUCCAUCGAGAUGUCGGUUAUCGAUCAAGUUAUUGGUCUCAAUGGUUCUUUCCUUCAAACCCCUUUCCUCAAUUUAAUGGCCCUCAUUUCGGAGCGGGCUGGUGGCGUACGUAUCCGUGUUGGUGGGAACACCCAGGACUUUGCCGUUGAAGUAUCAACUCUACCGGAUUACAAGGACAUCGAAAAAGACAAGGAAGAUACUAACAACCCGAUGUUGAACAACGUAUCCUCACUCGUGGGUGCGAAGUGGUGGCUUGGCAUACCGUUCAACGACACGUCGGAUUUGAGGUUACAAAUCGUAGAACUGGGCGAAGCAAUCCUAGGGGAUAAUAUCAUCGGGUUCCAGCUCGGUAAUGAGCCCGAUCAAUAUGCUGGUCACGGCCAUCGACCUGGGAAUUACUCUCCUACCGAUUACUUCAACGACUUCGAGUUAGUCUCUGAAGUGAUUACAAACGACUCCAAGAUUCCUGUUCACAAUAAUCUCGUUGCUCCCAGCGUUUCUGGGCAGUGGACUCCAGAACAAGUAUGGGACACAGGUUUCAUUCCCGCUUUUUCGGAUGUACUGGGAGCACUUGCGGUUGAACAUUACCCGUUCGAUAAUUGUGGUGCAGUGUAUCCAGAUGGUGGUUUUGGCCCCCCGAUUGACCCACAAGCCAUCUUUCCGGCCUAUCUCACCCAUGCAUCGGGACAGAGCAUCGUCGAACCGUUCUUGAAUUCUACGUACAUCGCGCAGCAAGCGGGUAAGCCUUUUUUGAUGUUCGAAACCAACACCGCUUCGUGUGGUGGUUUCCCCGGCGUGAGCGAUAGCUUCGGUGCGGCGCUUUGGGGAAUCGACUAUGGGCUGCAGAUGGUAUAUGCCAAUUUCUCUGGGGCAAACAUGCACGUUGGUGGAGUGGACGACAGUUACAAUCCUUUCACUCCUCAACCAACUAACAUGUCCUCCACCGGACAAUGGACCAUCGGCCCGAUCUUCUACUCCGUGAUCGUUGCAGCAGAGGCGCUUGGUCCUUCCGGUACUGCGCAGGUCGUUGACCUGAAUGCCAACAGCUACAACCCCUACACGCCUGCCUAUGCGAUCUACGAGCACGGUAGCCUCGCACGCAUUGCGCUUUUCAGCUACAUCACCGAUCCUUCAGGUGCAAGCAUGAUCACUGUGAACAUCUCGGUCGGUGGAGGGAGUAUAAAUGAGCCUUCGUCGACACCUGCACAGGUCAGCGCGAAGUAUCUGCUCGCUGAGUCGGUGUCAGCGAAGGAAAAUUUCACGUGGGCGGGCCAGACAUUUGGCCCUCUGUUCAGAAGCGACAGUCGUCUGCAGGGCAACCAAGACGUCAAAACCGUACAAUGCGACCAAUCUGCGGGCGUAUGUCAAGUGUCAGUCCCAGCACCAGGGUUCGCGCUCGUCUUCCUGAGUUCAACUGUGCUGGAGGAAUCCACGCCGUCGAGUACCGCGACGUUCGCCACGACUACGUACCUCGACUGGGUGGACGUUGUAACCGCUACCAUUCCGCAGUCUGUUCUUGCGACGAUGAACGGCGACAACGGCGUAGACCGCGAGGUGUUGAAGAGCACCAGUGAAGGGAGUUCUGGUGUACAGAGAACGACUAGAGUUGGUUCUGCAGUGGUCGCGGUUGCUGCCAUGUUUACUGGUUUCUUAUUCCUCCACGGGGCUUUCCAUUAA